AUGCUCCAUCACAAUGCUGAUACAGCGGACAAGAGUCUCGUAAGGAAACCGAGAGCCAUCCGCAAGAACUGCAUUCGCUUAGAGUUGUCGAGGCUGCAAGCUCUCUUCUGCUACAAGGAGAGCGAGGCCGCUAAGAUCUUGGGCAUCUCCCUCACCGCCAUGAAGCGCGUGUGCAGACGAGCCGGAGUCAUGAAAUGGCCGUACUCGAGGACUCGAGUUUCCCCAUCUGGCCCACCAUCACCGUCCUCCCUGCCUCCAGCGUACUCGGCGAUCCUGACAAAGGCCGUUGAAGAUGAGCCAGAAGGCGACUGUGAGAGCUUGUGCGGGACUCAAGGCGCAUAUGAAGGAGUGCCGGAGGAUGAAUGUUGGAUGUGGGAGGAGGAUCAGAUUCCAUUGGAGGUAGAAUGGAUCGAGUGGUACAUGAGCUCAGAGGACGACUAG